AUGUGGUAUUCAUGGGCGGCAUGGCUUUUCUGCCCGACAUGCACCUUAUCAUCGCGUAGCCUGGUGCUGCACCGAUCUGUCCUCUUCAUAAUGCCUUCAAACCCAACUGCUUCAUAUGCAAGCGACGAUGGAACCCUUCCGACUCACAGCAUCGCAGGCGCAGGCCAAGUUCAAAGAUGGCAGCUUGACCGUUGAGCAGUAUGCACAAUCACUCCUUGAUCGUGUUGCAGCACGAGAUUCUACGGUGAACGCAUGGGCGUAUCUCAACCCAGAGCUCGUCUUGGAACGUGCGCGCGAGCUUGACGCCAUACCGCCCGAGAAGAGAAGCCCACUACAUGGAGUAGCGAUUGGCGUCAAAGACGUGAUACUCACGAAGGACAUGCCAACUCAGUACAACUCUCCCAUCUACGUGGAUGAUGCACCUAAGAUCGAUGCCGCCAGCAUCCAGACUUUAAGAGCAAAUGGUGCACUCAUCUUCGGCAAAACCACCACCACCGAAUUCGCAGCCACGGUCGUCGGCCCCUCCCACAAAGGCCCCAAAACCACCAACGCCCACAACUCCAAACGAACACCAGGUGGCUCCUCCUCCGGCUCUGGUGCGGCAGUCGGCGAUCUGCAAGUCCCCAUCGGUCUCGGCACGCAGACCGUUGGCAGCACCAUCAGACCCGGCUCUUUCAACGGUAUCUACGCCAUGAAGCCCACGUGGAACUCGAUAUCGCGCGAAGGCCAGAAGCUGUACUCGCUCAUCCUCGACACGCUGGGCUUAUAUGCGCGAAGCGUGGAGGACCUGAAAUUGCUGCUUGAUGCGUUCCAGCUCGUCGAUGACGAGCCUGAGGAACCUUUUACUCUGAAGGGCGCGAAGCUCGCGCUUCUCACGCUGCCUACACCAGAGUGGCCUGAGCCCGGGCCAGGAACGGCGGCGGCGUUGAAGAAGGGAACGGAGUUGUUGCGUGCGCACGGUGCAGAGGUGGAGGAGAUCACGCUGCCUGAUGAGUUCCGGUCCAUGUACAAAUAUCACCUGCAGGUACUGUCGGGUGACGGGCGCGUAGCCUUUCUCGCUGAUUACUACGGGGCCAAAGACAAAAUGCACGGGAGUCUAAUCGACCAUGUCGAAAACAAAGAUAAGCACACGCGGCAGGACCAAUUGAAAGCGUUCGAUGAGCUGGCAGCCAUGCGGCCGAAGAUCGAUGCCUUCGCUUCGAAAUAUUCUGCUAUCGUAGCUCCAAGUGUAUUGGAUGAAGCGCCUGUCGGACUCGAGAACACAGGCAGUGCAGCGUUCUGCGGGCCUUGGACAGCGAUGCAUACUCCUGUCGUCAAUAUACCUGGGUUUAAAGGGGAGAAUGGGCUCCCUAUUGGUCUGAGUGUUGUUGCUGGGCGGUAUCGCGACCAGUAUCUGCUGAGGGUGUGCACGGAGAUUGGUAAGGUUUUUGAAGGCGAAGGUGGAUGGAGUAGAUGAGAUAAGUAGUAUGGUUUAGGCAGUUACUGCAGUUUCGACAAAGGUUGUAAGCGAUACUACUCUGAACGGUAUGAAUGGAAGUUAACUAAGAGCC